AUGGUGACCGACAUAUUCACCAAUUUUUCCCUGUCUAACUCGUCGAUCUUGGCAAACUUCUCAUUUCCAUUCACACAUUUCUUAUUCGGAACCACUUUAAUAAUUGCAGUUUUCUACUUUGCUCUCAGAUCAAAUUGUGUCUAUCUUUUAGACUUCAUCUGUUAUUUUCCAGCAGAUCACUUGCGAGUCCCAAGCUCUAUGUUCUUAGAACAUGGCGCUGAAAGUGGUGUCUUCGAGAAAGAAAGUCUUCAUUUUCAAGAGAAGGUUUUGGAAAGAUCCGGCGUUGGAGAUGAGGCCUGCUUGCCAGUGUCAGUGCAUGAGUUACCAGAGCUAGCUUCUUUCAAAUCAGCGAAAGAAGAAAUUGAAGAAGUUCUAUUCACAGUUGCAGGCGAUCUUCUUGCCAAACACGGGAUAAAUCCGAAAAGUAUUGAUAUUCUGAUAUCAAAUUGCAGCUUAUUCUGUCCCACUCCAUCCAUUACUGCAAUGAUAAUAGAAAAGUUUGGACUCAGAAGCAGCAUAAAAAGCAUCAGUCUAAGUGGAAUGGGGUGCAGUGCCGGACUUCUAUCGAUAAGUCUGGCUAAAGAACUACUCAAAGUUCAUAAGAACUCAUUGGCUUUAGUUCUCAGCAUGGAAGCAGUAUCUCCUAAUGGUUACAAAGGCCAAGAUAAGUCCAUGCUAGUAGCGAACACCAUAUUUCGGAUGGGUGGAGUUGCGAUUCUGCUGUCAAACAAGAAGCAACACAAGCAUACAGCCCACUACAAGCUCCAGCACCUUGUCCGAACCCACAUGGGAUCUGACGAUCAAGCAUACUACUCUGUCUUUCAAAAAGCAGAUGCUGAUGGUCGUGUAGGGGUGUCCCUUUCGAGGACACUUCUACAUGCUGCAGGUAAAGGUUUAAAGACUAACAUAUUAGAGUUAGGGCCUCGAGUGUUACCUUACUCUGAGCAGCUCAGAUUCGGAUGGUCUGUAAUUUGCCAAAAGCUAUCGAACAAUGUAAAACAAAAUGAAAUAUAUGUGCCAAAACUCAAGAAAGCUUUUAACCAUUUCUGCAUUCAUGCUGGAGGAAGGGCAAUAAUUGAUGCUGUCGAGAGUAAUCUCAAGCUGGAGAAGGAAGAUGGAGAAGCUUCGAGGAUGACAUUAUAUAGAUUCGGUAACACUUCAUCCUCUUCAGUUUGGUAUGAACUGUGCUACCUGGAAGCAAAAGGAAAGGUUAAGAAAGGAGAUCAGAUUUGGCAAAUUGCAUUUGGUAGUGGCUUCAAGUGUAAUAGUGCAGUUUGGAAAUCUAUUACCGAUAUUAAACCAGAUGUAAGCAACGCUUGGUCAGACAGAAUCCGUCUGUAUCCUGUAAAAUUGCCAUGACAAUACAAUAUCAAUAUCACCUUAUAAUAAUCCUAUAUUGUCUACCAAAUACAUUCUAGAGCUCUUCCAUUUAAAGCUAGUCCGUGAAUACAUUCUCUUUUUCUUCA